UAAUCAAAAUAGAAAUGUCUUUGGUUAAAUUUACUAGUCAGACCAGUUCCGAAUUCCCUGAAGAAGGAGAAUUAGAAUGGUUGGGUUUGGAAAAAACCGAACAAUUAUUUUUCCAAAAAGUCAAAACUUCUUUAAAGGAGAUGUUUGAGGGAUUUAAUGAGGCACUGAAAACUGGUAGACCCGAUAUUCAACCUCUAAACACCUUAGUCUCUAACAAUUUAGAGGCUAUUUAUCGUUGUCUUACUCCGGCUAGAUUAGAAAUCUUUACUUGUUUAAUUGAAAAAAAACCUCAUAAUUUAAGAGAACUAUCUCAAUUACUAAAACGAGAUUACGCUAAU